AUGUCGCAGACUUCUCCAACGUCCCUAAGUUCUCCAAUACUUUCACCACUUUCUUCACCGGAUGGAGGAGGGUCUGACGGAACUGCUCUUGAUGGUGAGUCAUCAAUUCAACGACGACUUGACCGAAAACUUCGUCGCGAAGAACGCCGACAACUUCGUGAACAGAAACGCCAAGAAAUCGAACGAGAAUUCACGAAACAAGCAGAAGAGAGAAAACGCGAAAGACAAGCGACUUUAGAAAAGCUUGAAGAAAGUGAUAAGAAAGACGAGGCCGAGUAUCAAGAGUGGGUUGAGAAAAUUAAUACAUUGGAGAAGGAAGGUGAUAAAGGGCGAGAAAAGAUAGAACAGGAGUUGCAAGAGGAAAUAAAUAAGACAAGACAAGAACAAAAACGAACUUAUAGUCCAUCACAAGACUCUAACUUAUUUCCGAAAAUUUCCACGGCUGACUUAUCACAAGUUCAAUUACGAUCAUCACGGCGCGGUGUUCAAAAAGCUGAUGCAACGUCACUAUCUCAUGAUACAACAGAGGAGGAGAUAUCAAAUAACAAUGAUAAAAAAGACAUCCCUGAAAACUCUAAAAAGCUCGCGUCCAUCAUAACAAGCGGGGUCUUAUUAGAUGAACUCUCAAAAGAGGCACCGCUAACUGCUGAACCACAAGAAAUAGAAGUCGUCUUAACAUGGGAGAGUAAAAAAAAUGUCAAUAGCGCGCCUAGUCCGACAAAUAAAGAUGUGGAUCGUUUGAUUAUUAAGGAAGAAAGAAAAGAUACUGCAGAUGCCUUUAAGGUAGAUAUCGCAGAAAAUGAAAAAGUUGAAGAAUCCUACUCGCAAUCAAAUAUUGUCAAAGAAUCGGAAGUUAAACUUGCAGAUGAGAAAAAAUCAGUCUUAGAUAAAUGGAAUGAGCAAAAAGCAGCGACAGCUGCUUUAAAUACAGAAGGUGAUAAGAUAUCAAUAGGGGCAGACGAUUCUCAUGUGAAAAAAGUAACUGGAAUAAUUAAAAAAAAAUCUAUAGAAGUAAGCAGCAAAAACAACGAAAAUGCUAAUAUUAAAGUAUUAUCGAUCACAACAAAGGAUACUACUACAUUGUCUAGUUCUGAAACUGAGGUUGUUUCCGUAGAAAUUAAAAAAGGAAGUGUCGAAGAAGUGAUUUAUAAGGAAGAAGAGUCAAAGAAAAUAUCUCAGGGGAAGGAAAAAGUAGAGAUCAUUGAGCGUGAAGAGACUAUUAUACAAGAGAUACAAAUUUCAAAAGAACAAAACACAGAAGUUAGUGUUGUCGAAGUAACAAGUACAAAAGAUGAAAAAAUAAAUGAAAAAGAAUGGAAUUUACCAAAAGUUCCAGGCAAAAUACAAACAAAAGCAUUUUUAACUUCGAGUAAGGAAAAGGAAAUCGAAGCAUCUAAUCCUCCUCAAUCUGCCGAAAUUCCAACCGGCGUGUUGAAUAAAUUGCCGUGGAUGCAAAAAGAAAAGGAUGAAAGUACAAGUAAUACAUCAGCUUCAGCUCCACCUCCACCACGUAAAUUAAAUGCUGUUUUCCUUACUACCACUGAAAACACCGAAUCCGAUUCAACUACUACUGAGCCGUCCAAAUUAAAAACAGGUAAAAUCGAUUCAGCUAUCUCGCAACGACUCGAGAGUGUAUUGGGGAGUGGGAAAAUUCCGUUACCGGGUAUGGGACGUGGUGGAAGACGUAAAGUGCUUAUCAGUGCAGAAGAUGUAGAAGGUGAAGAAGAACGUGUUCGAAUAACAAAAGAUCGUCCACGACGUCCAAAACCAGCUCGUCCAUUACCUACACCCUCAAAAACAGAAAAAGUCGAUGACUCAAAAACAUCAAUUGAAAAAGAACAGAUUGAAGAAUCUUUAACUACAGAAACAAUUAUAACUACUGAAUCAGUCGAAAAAGUCGAGAUUUCUGGUAAAACUGUAGUUGAACCCUCGACAUUGGUAGUUGAGAAAGAAACAAUCAAAGUAAAAGAGAAGGAACAGGUGAAAGAGAAGGAACAGGAAGAGGUAAUUGGAACAGCUGAAGAAACAGUCAAAGAGACGGAAAAGGAAGAAGAGAAGGAACAGGAAGAAGAGGAGGAAGAGGUAAUUGGAACAGCUGAAGAAAAAGGAAUAGAUAAUGAAGUGGUUGUGGUGGAUGAAACUGAAGAAAAAGAAAAGGACAUAGAAAAUGAGGUGAUAAUCAUUGAAAAUGUAAAUUAA